GUUUCUCCCACUCGGCCUUCACCUUCGGUAUCGAGAGCCACAUCAGCCAGUCCAACAUCAACGGAACGCUAGUGCCACCUGCCGCGCUCAUCUCCAUCCUCCAAAAGGGGCUCCAGUAUGUCGAGGCUGAGAUCAGCAUCAACGAAGAUGGUACAGUAUUUGACGGCAGGCCGAUAGAAUCACUGUCUCUGAUAGACGCGGUGAUGCCUGAUGUUGUUCAGACCCGGCAGCAAGCAUUCAGAGAGAAACUAGCUCAGCAACAAGCCAGUGCAGCGGCAGCAGCGGCAGCAACGGCAGCAACAGCGGGAGCUACGACGACUGCUGUUUCCCAGCAGAACACACCAAAGAACGGAGAAGCCACUGUGAAUGGAGAGGAGAAUGGGGCACAUGCAAUAAAUAAUCAUUCAAAGCCAAUGGAAAUUGACGGGGAUGUUGAAAUUCCUCCUAACAAAGCAACAGUCCUUCGGGGCCAUGAAUCAGAGGUGUUCAUCUGUGCUUGGAACCCUGUCAGUGACCUGCUAGCAUCUGGAUCCGGAGACUCAACGGCCAGAAUAUGGAAUCUCAAUGAAAACAGCAACAGCGGUUCCACUCAACUAGUUUUGAGGCACUGCAUAAGAGAAGGAGGACACGAUGUCCCCAGCAAUAAGGAUGUGACUUCAUUGGACUGGAAUAGUGACGGAACACUAUUGGCUACAGGCUCGUAUGAUGGUUUUGCAAGAAUAUGGACAGAAGAUGGUAACCUUGCAAGCACAUUAGGUCAACAUAAAGGUCCAAUAUUUGCCCUGAAAUGGAACAAAAAGGGGAAUUAUAUUUUAAGUGCUGGUGUUGAUAAAACAACAAUAAUUUGGGAUGCUCACACAGGAGAAGCUAAACAGCAGUUUCCUUUCCAUUCAGCUCCUGCUCUGGAUGUAGACUGGCAGAACAACACUACGUUUGCCUCCUGCAGCACUGACAUGUGCAUUCAUGUAUGCAGACUUGGCUGUGAUCGUCCCGUUAAAACCUUUCAAGGACACACAAACGAGGUUAAUGCAAUCAAAUGGGACCCAUCUGGCAUGCUACUAGCGUCUUGCUCCGAUGAUAUGACAUUAAAGAUUUGGAGUAUGAAGCAAGAUACCUGUGUACAUGAUCUUCAGGCUCACAGCAAAGAGAUUUAUACUAUCAAAUGGAGUCCUACAGGACCAGGCACCAGCAACCCAAACUCCAACAUCAUGUUAGCAAGUGCUUCGUUUGAUUCCACUGUUCGGCUGUGGGACGUUGACCGAGGAGUCUGCAUCCAUACGUUAACAAAACAUCAAGAGCCUGUCUACAGUGUAGCUUUUAGUCCUGAUGGAAAAUACCUAGCCAGUGGGUCCUUUGACAAAUGUGUCCAUAUAUGGAAUACUCAGAGUGGAACUCUAGUACAUAGCUACCGAGGCACCGGGGGCAUCUUUGAAGUCUGCUGGAAUGCUAGAGGAGACAAAGUGGGAGCAAGCGCAUCAGACGGAUCGGUUUGUGUUCUAGAUCUGCGGAAGUAAAAGUGAAAUGUUUUAGAGGAAAUUUCAAAUGGACCAGCAGUGAAUGUGUGGGGAGAAGCACUCUUCAAAACUAUUCUUAACAGCUCCAGAACUGUACGAACUUGAACAAAGUUAGAGUGUACCAUGAAACCAACUCUCCCUGGCCACAGGUGUCUAGUAUUUUGUCCGUAACCUUCAUCAAGGAGUAAAAACACAGUCACUUCAGAGGGGGAGGGAAUGGUUUCCACCUGGAACAUUCAGCCUUGGAAGCAUGAAGCCACCAGCUAGGCAUUGCACUGUUUGGUUUGCGUCUGAGAACUUGCUCUGAUGGCUGGGAAAAAAAAGCUGUGCCAAAAAAAAUUAAUAAAAAAAAAAAAAAAAAGAAAAAU